AAAGCGCCCAGCCCGGGCGGCGCGGGGCGGCGCGGCUCUCGGAGCUGCGGGGCGCUGGGGCAGCGGCCAAGUGGGGUCCCCGGAAGUGCCCCGCGGGGGCGCCGCCACCUGCAGCCGGCUGCGCGCAUCUUUUCUCGGCCAAGGCCAGGGAAGGAGCGGCUGCUGGACACCACCUGGCCGAGGCACCGGGGCCGUAGGGUGUGCGGAGUGGCCCGCGUCGCCGCGGAGAUGGCACGGCACGUGCGGUGACGGCGCCCGCGCCCCGAGGGUCCCAGCCUUGCGCCCUGCGUCCCCGGGAGAGGAUGGAGCUCCCGGAGCCCGAGCUGAUCCGGCAGAGCUGGCGGGCAGUGAGCCGCAGCCCGCUGGAGCACGGCACCGUCCUGUUCGCCAGGCUGUUUGACCUGGAGCCUGACCUGCUGCCCCUCUUCCAGUACAACUGCCGCCAGUUCUCCAGCCCCGAGGACUGUCUCUCCUCCCCGGAGUUCCUGGACCACAUCAGGAAGGUGAUGCUCGUGAUUGAUGCUGCGGUGACCAAUGUGGAGGACCUGUCCUCACUGGAGGAGUACCUUGCCAGCUUGGGAAGAAAGCACCGGGCAGUGGGCGUGAAGCUCAGCUCCUUCUCGACGGUGGGUGAGUCCCUGCUCUACAUGCUGGAGAAGUGUCUGGGCCCCGCCUUCACCCCAGCCACGCGGGCCGCUUGGAGCCAGCUCUACGGGGCCGUGGUGCAGGCCAUGAGUCGAGGCUGGGAUGGCCAGUGAGAGGCGACCCCCGCCCAGCGGCCCCCGUCUUCCCGUGUCCGUGGUAGCCCAGGCUCCCCCAGGCCUCCCUGCAUCGCCCUCCUCCCCACUCCCUCGUGCUGGAGAGGCGAUGGGACAGGGCUGCGUCUCACCCCUCCCCAGCCACAGAAGGAGCAGCUCUUCCUUCAGGAGGGGCUUCUGAUGUCCCCUCACCCCAAGUAGCCUCUUCCCUGCCUGCCUCUUCCCCUGUCGGGCAAACCCCCUUGCCCCAUGAGAGCAGAGUUUGGGUGGC